AUGGACUCAGUCCUAUCAAAUUCUCAGGGAGCUCGCUCCCAAUCUCAGAUCCCAUCGGAUCAAAUCACUUCGGAUGUCAGCAGUGCCAAAACUGCAGACACAUCGAAAAACCCGAUCACCUCGCCAACUGGCAGCAGCCAAACUGCUAGUAGAUCGAGCGUCCUGAUCGAUCCGGUUAUCACCUCCGCGGCAGCGAACUCGAAUGUUCCAGCCCGCGUGAAACCAUCGGUGAUCAACCUCGUCACUCCUGUGAUAGCCGAGAACUCGAUUCUACCGAAUCAGAUCUCGCACGCAAUUGAGAGACCUCAUUUGCGAGUUCGGGUCAAAUCUAAAGAUUUCCCGAUUACCUCGACACCGAUCAGUCGGAAAUCACUCCGGCAAACUGUGUCAACAUCGUUUGCCUUGGCUCGACCGAAUCCGGACGACCAAGCCCGAAUCAAGCGAAUGCUCACCGACCAAAAUGACCAAAAAAUCAGGUUGGAAAAACAUGAACGAAGUCUUGCUGAGCUACGGACGAUUAUAAGUCCUCCUCCGGGAACUCAGCUCGACUCUUCACCAAUCUACGAACCUAACAGCUUGCCCAAACGGGAUGAGGCACCACCGCGCGCUCAUGUCUUCCAGACUCUCAUCCCACCGAUGAGCUCGCCAAACAGCUCGUCGAAACAGGAUGAGGCGCCACCGCGCGCUCAUGUCUUCCAGACUCUUGUCCUACCGAUGAGCUCAAUAAAUAGCUCGUCAAAACAUCUUGUUCUGCAGUAG